UUAGAGGAACAGAGGGUGUGUGAGCCUGAGAACUGAAUGACUCAGAGGAGAAAACAAGGACUUGGCUAACUGGAUACUGGCGUCGUAAAAGAAACUUUAAGCGAGGCUGUGGUGGAUCAGACGCAAUUUUGUUUCUGGAAUUUGCGACAAAACCUAAGAGGAACUUCUUGGAUAGUCUGGUUACUUUUCUGCACUAUAUACAGACUGGACCCUGCACCUGGAGCAGUGACAAACUUAAAGCCUUUAUCAGAUCAUGGACUCUCUCACUCAAUAAUAAAAAUACCAAAAGCAGCGCUGAAAAUGGGAAUGGGAUGGCAGUGGAUUUGUUUUUGUGUCUUGUGGAUUCUUACCGGUCCAUGUCGUGGCAUCAACCUGGAUGAGCUCACAAUCGACGUGAUCCUGUUGGAUGAUGAAGAGUCUCCCUGGAGUCUGAAGUUUGUGAAAGACGAAAUACUGAAGGCCAUAGAGCUAGAUCAAACAGUUAAUGCUGCAGACGGUUUCAAGUUAAAUAUCACGCCUAACUUUGACGGGUUCCAAACAACCUUUUAUCGAUAUAGAGGCUGCCAGAGUAGCAUGUGCGAGGGAUUGGACAAGCUAAAAAACCUGGUGGAUUCAGGUAAAUUGGGAUGUUCUGUGCUUGGGCCCACCUGCACCCUUGCUACUUUUCAAAUGUUUGAUGCGGAAAAAGGAUUGAAGCUCGGCACACCCAUCCUCUCAGCGGGAAGCUUCGGUAUGUCUUGCGACUACACAGUCAACCUGCAGCGGCUCCUGCCACCUGCGCGCAAGAUCUCUGACUUUUUCAUCCACUUCUGGGAGGAGAGCAACAAAAUUAAACCGUGGGAGUGGGAGACGGCCUAUAUUUACAAGAAACCGAGCAACACUGAGGAUUGCUUUUGGUAUAUAAAUGCACUGGAUGCAGGCGGCUUUGCUGGAAAAUUUAGUAGAACAGUGCUGCGUUCACCAGAAGAUCUGAGAAACGUACUUAAAUCACCCAGUAACAGGACAAGCAACCUGUUCAUCAUGUGUGGGUCACCAGCGGACAUACUGGAAGCGAAGAAUGGCAUCAAAGAAGCAGACAGCGCUGAUAUUCUCUUCGUCCUUAUUGAUCUUUACAAUGAUCAAUACUACACCAACAGCUCGUCAAUCCCAUCCAUGAAGAACGUGCUGGUGCUGACGAUGCCAAACACCAGAAAUUACACUAUUAACAAUGACCUUAAAGGCAACAAAACGAUGAAUGAUUACAUGGCUGCUUACCAUGAUUCAGUGCUAAUGAUAGGCCAGGUAAUGAGGGAACUUAUUGAAAGAAAUCAGUCGGAGGUUCAACAGAUGGAGUACGUCAACGUGAAUUACUUCAGAAACCGCUCCUUUACUGGAAAUGCUGGAACCUACAAGCUGGACAUUUAUGGAGACAGAGACGUCAAGCUCUCAGUCAUUUACACCACUAUUCACAACAAGUACCGAAAUUUAUUCACAUUCGACACCGAGUACAACAAAACUGAAGUGACUGAGAAAGACCCUGCUUUCAUCUGGGGGAAGAAACUUCCUAAUUUCAAACCAGACAAAGGCAUUGCAGUUCAAGACAUCAUUGUCAUUGUGUUGGCUGUUACUGUCGUUGUGGUGGCCACCAUUGCCUUUAUUUUCUACAGACAGAACAGGAGAGAGCGUCUGAUCAGGAUGCGCUGGUCCCACAUCGACCCUGAUCUCAUCACACUGCUGGAGAAUCACAAACACAAUGUCGUCUCUCUUAAGAUUGAUGAUGAGAGAAAAAAGAUGGAUUUCAAGAUCCGCCGUGCAUUCUACGACAGGAAGAUUGUGAUUCUGAAGGAGCUGAAGCACUCAGAUGGAAACUUUGACGAGACCCAGAGGAUAGAACUCAACGCGCUCCAGCAAAUCGACUAUUACAACCUCACGAAAUUUUAUGGCACAGUGAAGUUUGAACAUGGUGUGUUUGGAGUGUUUGAGUAUGGAGAGAGAGGAUCGCUCAGGUAUGUGCUGAACGACAUGGUUUCAUACCCAGAGGAGACCUUCAUGGACUGGGAGUUCAAGAUCUCCGUCAUGUAUGACAUCGCCAAGGGCAUGUCCUACCUCCAUGCCAGUGACAUCCAGGUACAUGGUCGCCUCAAGUCCACCAACUGUGUGGUGGACAAUCGCAUGGUGGUGAAAAUCACAGACUUUGGCUGUAACACCUUUCUUAGCCCCGGCAGAGACUUGUGGAUUGCUCCAGAACAUCUGAGGAAACAGGGCACUUCUCAGAAAGGAGACGUCUACAGCUUUGCCAUCAUCGCUCAGGAGAUUGUCCUCAGAAAGUGCACAUUCUACACCGAGUGCUGCUCCGACCGAGAAGAAAAGAUGUCCAGGGUCAUCAUGUCCUACUUCAGACCUGAUCUUGACUGUGACACGGCUUCAGAGAAAGAAUUAGAGGUGUACACGCUGAUAAAAAGCUGUUGGGAUGAGGAUCCAGAAAAAAGACCUGACUUUAAGAAGAUAGAAAACUGUCUAGGGAAAAUCAUCAGUAAAAUUCACAACCAGGACAAUGAGAGCUACAUGGACAACAUGAUCAGACGGCUGCAGAUGUACUCCAGAAACCUGGAGCACCUGGUGGAGGAGAGAACAGUGCUUUACAAAGCUGAGAGGGACAGAGCUGACUUCCUCAACUUCAUGCUGCUGCCUGGCCCUGUGGUGAAAAGCCUGAAGGAGACCGGUGUUGUGGAGCCAGAGCUGUACGAGGAAGUGACAAUAUAUUUUAGCGACAUUGUCGGUUUCACCACUCUGUGCCAGUACAGCACACCGAUGGAAGUCGUGGACAUGCUAAACGACAUCUACAAGGGCUUUGACAGCAUUGUCGAUCAUCACGAUGUGUACAAGGUGGAGACGAUUGGUGAUGCCUACAUGGUGGCCUCCGGGCUUCCAAAGCGAAAUGGGAACAGGCACGCAGUGGAUAUCUGCCGCAUGGCGCUGGAUAUCUUGGCCUUCAUGGGUACCUUCCAGCUCAGACACCUGCCUCGUAUCCCUGUGUGGAUACGCAUUGGUGUGCACUCAGGUUCCUGUGCAGCUGGUGUUGUCGGGGUGAAAAUGCCAAGAUAUUGUUUAUUUGGAGACACAGUCAACACGGCAUCUCGUAUGGAGUCUACGGGACACCCCCUGCGGAUACACGUCAGUCAGCCCACUAUAAAUAUCCUGCAGAGGACAGACUGCAAGUUUGAGUAUGAGCUCAGAGGAGAAACAUAUCUGAAGGGUAAAGGCAUGGAGACAACCUACUGGUUGACAGGUGAAACGGGCAAAGACUACGAUCUCCCAACUCCACCCACAGCGGAGAACUUCCAGCGUCUGCAGCAGGACCUCGCCCACAUGAUCCUGGAGUGCCUGGAGCGCCGCCCUCGAUGCUCAGUCCGAAGGAAGAGGACGCUCUGGAGUCAGAGCACGGAUGAUGACAACGACCAGGAAUCAGAGGUGGAGUCUGAUAGCAGCCAGCCUGAGUACCUACAUCUGGCCACUGUGGAUAACACCCUCAGUACCUUCCUGUAGUACAGAGUACAUGACUGUCACAUUUAGAUUACAUUAAUCAGUAAGAGUGGGAGAGUAAAAAGCAGGUAGAUGAAGGAAAGGGCUGUAUGUUUGAAUCCUACAUAUUAAAAUACACAUAAUACAAAAUAAGUGCCUUGUAACUAAAAGGCUCAGUAAGGCUGCGUUUGUCAUCAGGUCCUCUCUUUGUAGGUAGGACUGCAUAAGAUGUGAAAGGUGAUUGUAUGAUUUUGUUUCAGGAUAUAUUUGUGAUAUGCAGCUGACAUCAUUUCUCAUUAGAAAUGAGACUUACCUGCCUCCUUGUGCUCCUUAUUUAACCCCUAGUUAGAAGCGCAACAGCAAGGAUGUGAAGAUGAAAGAAUCAAACAAGGACAUGACAUGUUUGUUAAAUUAAUCCGAUAUAUCAAUUGUUUAAAUAUGUACUCUGUAUACUGCUUGCUUAUAAGGAUCCUGGGAAACAUGAGAGAAAAUAUACUGAAUUCAUUCCCAGUGCUUAUUGUGUUUUCACAAUGUUGGAGGGCGAUAAUAAGUGCAUCUGUGUUGACGAGAUGAAGGCACUCAUUAGUAGCAUAUAAACACACUUAUCAAUGUACUAACUGCUACUUACAACAAAGUAUAUGAAUAACUUAAGAGCACGUAAUCACAUGCAUGCAUAGAGCAGGAAUAGCCAAUAGCCAGACACAUGGAUCAAACUUAUAUGUGCCAUAUUGUUCAUUAAAAAAAAAAAAAGAAAUCAUGACAUUUUUAGUUUUUUUUUUAGUUGCAAAAACAUGAUUUGGAAUUUUUAAUCCUUAAUUUUAUUUGUGUGAAAUCACUAAUAUGAAAUUAGCAACGAUCUAAAACUACAAAAAUACUUGAGCAGAAAGGACAAUAGUGUGGUGCAGACAACAGUGAAGUUGAACUGAAAGAGGCUGCAAACAAACCUAUAAUAAUGCAAAUUACAUACAGUCUUAUUCUGAAUUAUACGUUCAGUCAUCAUGACCGAUGAUUGUUUGGAUAAUCACUCCAAAACUGAAGGUGUGCCCUCACUCAUCUCUCUCAUCCUGAUUUCUUAAUCAGCAAUUUUUUUCAUGUUGCAAUCUGAAUUUUUCCCCCUUAAAUUUGUGAGUAGAAGUAAAAAUGAAGGAUUUUUACUUACUUUACUAAAAUUUCACUUUGUGUGGUCUGAUAAACACAGGGCCUGUUUUAUAUGUUUAUUCUUGUAAUGGUUAUUUUAUAUGCAUUUAUAUUUUUUACCCAACUGACAUAUCAAGAGACAACUGCUGUAACUGUUGACUGUAUAACUGGCUUUGUUAAUUCUGAAGUUGCACCAGUGCACAGUGACCAUUAGGAUCAUGAUCGGGUCAUUGUUGUAACAUCUGCCUGUAAAGAAACAACAACGAGAUUUUCAAAUCUGUAUUUCAAACCAAAGGACAAAGAUUUAUUUUUCUUGAGAAUGGUGACAUUCAUUUACAUUAAAUAAAAAAUAAUAAUAAUUUGCCUUCUGUCACAUUGAUGAAAUUGUUGUGGUUGUUCAGGUCCUGAUGAUUACAGUUCAAUGAAAUCAAACACAGCAUUUCUUGAAGCCUGUACAGGUUCAUCUGAGGCGUUACAAUGCUAUGUGUCACAUAGUUUUGUUUAAUGUAUACAGACACCGAGGCUCUAUGGACAGCAGAAGAAAGAAACUCCAGCAUCAGAUAAAAAUAGUUUUCUAUCCACAGCUGCCUGACAGAUUUGUUUUUUUGCACAGAAUAAUGAAAGAGGACUGCUAUGUAGACUUUUAUACAUCAAAUACCAUGUAGAAACGCACCCUACUGUACAGCAGAAACAAUUCAGCAAAUAGUGUACAAAUAAAAACAAAAAAACAAGUGUUGAUCCAGCAAACCAAACAAGGUAACUGGACAUGCAAGUGGAGCUUUAUAAAAAUGGAUCUAAUAUUAACACAUUUUUAUUUGACAAACUAAACUCUAUUCUUGGGGAAAUGUCUGUUCAACAGCAUUUAUGUGAAUUAAGACUAAAAACUAGCAUAUGUAGUAAACCUGAUGAAUAUACUUCUUCAUACUGUUGGAACAUCAUCAGGUAGUCAAAAAUAAAAGCUAGUCAUCAAGUAGAAAAAAAGCAAAAAGUCACCCAAAGAUGACGUCAACCCUCCCUCCCUGCUAAAAAAGUCAAAUCCCAAAUUCAUUUUAGUGUUUAACAUUCAAAAAGAAACCUUGAGAAUAAAUUAGACAACCCGACAUACAAAAAAAAUAAAAUAAACUAAAAAAAA